GAGCAGCGCCCCCGCAUCCUUCCGGCCCCGGGCUCCGGCAGCACGGGCCCCAGGCAGCAGUUCCGGCCCCGGCCAGCAGAGGCACUUCGGGGCUGCGCCAGCGCGUUCCCACAGCUCUGGCAGAGCCGGGCAGCGGAGGCUGCGCCCCCUCCCCUGCCCGCUUCCUGGUCCUCGGGGUGUGAGGGCUGAGGCCUGGGACUCCAGAGCCGGGGGCAGCGGGUGUUCUCAGAGGCCGCCGGACGCCACGGUCCUCGCGGCCUCGCAGCCAGCGCUCGGGCCGGCGGCCGAAUGCCCGAGGACGCGCAUCUCCUCCCCGAGUUCCUGCUUCCUGGGCCAGCCAGAGCCGCAGGAAAGGUGGUGAGGACUUUUCUGCUGUGAGUGCCUCCAAGAAGGAUAAGGGUACACGGGUAAAGAGACGCCCGGUUAAGAGACAGAGAAGGAUUAUGGCUGCUGCCUCACACAUUCAUGUCAAGAAACUGACUGUGGAAGAAGGAGUUCACACUGGAAAGAACACUGUGCACCAGCUCCAGACCCAGGUUGACGUAGCAACCCAGGUGGAGAGCCCCCAAGGGCCGGUGCUGAUGAGCCAGCUCCCGGAAACAACAUCUGUGCCAUAUACUCCGGAGACUGUGGGGCAGCAACUGAUGGUGUCUCUUUCUGAGGAGCCCCAUGGACCCUCUGCCAUGCCGAGCAUGUGCUCAAACCUGAUUGUUCAGCCAUGUGCCACCACUGACCCUAUGCUACUGCAACCACAGGGCCCCAGUGCCUCCAACCAGGCUUCGGUUUCUGCUACCUUAGAGUGGCAGGAGAUGCUGGAGGCUGCUGAAGCUCUGCUAGCUCUGAAGAACUCUUCUCAGACACGUCACCAGCCCUGUGGCAUUCCAGGUCCUGCUGGAGAGAGGGGACUGCCGCUGGCCAGCCCCUCUAUGCCACCACGGCCUGCCAACUCCAGUUCGCUGCCUUCUGGACAUCUGGAUUGCAUGUCCCUCUUGACCUAAGAACCCAGACUGUGAGGCCUUGCUAGAGCACUGCCUGUUUGAUUCCUGUUUCUAAACUUGCAAAAUGGCUCCUGUCCAAAGUGCUUAGUGUGUUUUUUAAGCAUUCAGGUAUUUUAUAAGCUUUCAGAUCCUUUUUAUGACGUAAGGCAAUGACUCGGCUUUCCUAUGUUCUUUACCCCCACCCCUGAUUUCUUUGGAAGCUGGGGCUUUCUAUGUGUCUUAUAAAAUGCUUCGUGCAGUCUAAUGUGGCCAAUCGAUCAGUGGGGUUCCGAGUGGCGUCAAAGGCCAGUGUUUUCCUUUGUGUGCGACGGCGCACAUAGCUGUGCACUACUGUACUUCCACAAGCCUGUGGAAACACGAAGAUUCUCACAUUGCAUCUAGAUUUGUGUGGUACCAAAAAUCAAGAAUUUUGUAAGGCAUUAAGAAAUGUGUUCUUCUUUUUUUUGAAAUUAAGCACCAUGUGGUAAAUAUUAAGGAAGACUACUUUGUUAACCAGUUAGCCGGAAAAUAAUUUUACUAAAGCAUCAAGGAAGAGGUUCAAAAUAACAAACGUAAGUCGCAAUGUCUUUCACGAUUGCACACCCCUUUAUU